AACACAAGACGAACGAAUUUGUGGAACCAAACAUAUGCAAUGGAUUGGGGUAGUGUAUUUUUUAACGUGGCAGCGUUGAUUGCCGGGGUUUUUCUCCUUGACUAUGGUGCGGACAAAUUCUUAGAUCACACUGUGAUCGUAGGGCAGCGACUGGGCAUCUCGCCGACUCUUAUUGCCCUUUUGACUGCUGGAGCUGAAUACGAAGAACUCGCUGUCGUUAUCGCUGCAAUUCUGCAAGGCCGCACUCCUUUGGCCCUAGGCAAUGUCAUGGGAUCUACAAUUUCCAACAUCCUCGGUGCCUUUUCGCUAGGGAUUCUUUGUUACUCGGACGGGAGACCUUUCGAUAGUAGUGCGAAGAUAUAUUCUGCGCUCCAAUUCUUCGUCACUACCGUUUUCGUCAUCUUAGCACAUUUUCAGCAGCUGAAUAGAGUUACUGGCGGGCUUCUCAUCGCUCUCUUCGCACUCUAUAUCAUCUCUAUUAGCUAUGCCAUCUAUAGAGGUAUUAGUGAACCGCCUCAGCUGUCGGACAGUGAGAGCGACGAUGAAUCAACCGAUGUUUGCGCUGAACAAACAUCAGGGCGCAGUGCCGGACCGUCAGCUUCAGAGGCUUCUCCACUGUUAGGAGAUACAAAUACGACCCGGGAAAUGGCGAGUGCAUCCGUGAAUAAAGACAAAUCGCUUCUGCGACCGCUUUAUUAUCAUGUGGUCCAGCUUAUUUUUGGACUGCUCGCACUCUCCUUGUCGGGAUAUAUCCUUGCCCGCAGCGCUGGUUCUAUCGCUGAUUCUCUCCACCUGUCAGGAACUGUCUUUGGCUUGACCGUGAUCGCUUUUGCCACGACCCUGCCAGAGAAGUUGGUUGCUAUGCUCAGCGGCUUUCGUGGACAAGGAGGGAUAAUUGUUGCAACCACAGCAGGGAGUAAUAUCUUCCUGCUAACUCUGUGUGUCGGUAUUGUCGCGGUGGCGGGAAGACCCCUCGAUCAGUCAGAUACCUUUAUUCUGUUCGACCUGGUCACAGUUUGGGUGUCCUCAGCAUCCCUUCUGGCGGUCGUCUUCUUGGGGCCCCACCGAAUUGCUGGCCUAGUGCUUCUCACUGCCUACGUGGUUUUUCUAGUCAUGGAGUUCACCGUGUACAGGCGUUAA